GUCCGCACGCGCGCGCGCGCCCUCUAGCGGCGGUUCGUUUCCUGGUAACUUCUCAGACUUCGUUCCUGACGCCGCGCCGCAGACUCGAGGCUCCGAAACGGGAGAAAAGCAACAAAACGCCUUAAAGAACAAACGGGGAGAUAAAUGACAGGGUAAAGGUGUGAAGGAGGAUCCUGGGUGUGUAAAAGGAGUCUACAUUUGUCCUGUAAGAGCCGCAGGAGAGACGUGAGUCUGCAGGACCACAGCAGGAUGGGAGAUGCUGCUGAAAUUUUAUUAGAAGACGUGAUUCCUCCCACAUUGUUAAGAUGAGAUCAUCAGUUCUGGCAUCUUCACAUCCGUCUGCACUUACAGCUGAAUUCCCAAACAGAUCUUCACAGAAUUCCUGGAACAUGGACAAGCGAGCUCUGUGUAAAUCACAGCAGAUCGGUUUUUUAUCAUCGUCAGUAAAGAAAUAACUGUACAGUACUGUAAAGUUUACAGAGCUGUGAUACACACAGAUACACACUGGGUCUCUUUACCCUGAAAUCAACUUGAGUAGAAUAUGUAUUAAAAAUUCAGACCUGAGGCUGUGGAAUAAAAGCUGGGAGCUCAUUUAACGUGGGGACGUUUUUUUAUUUGUCAAAAUGGCGGCAAAAGACUACAAUCAUCUCUUCAAGCUGCUCAUCAUCGGAGACUCCAAUGUGGGGAAAAGCAGUUUACUACUGAGAUUUGCGGACAACUCCUUCUCUGGGAGCUACAUAACCACUAUUGGUGUGGACUUUAAAAUCCGGACAGUGGAGAUUGAUGGAGAGAGAGUGAAGCUUCAGAUCUGGGACACAGCAGGACAGGAGAGGUUCAGAACAAUCACCUCAACGUAUUACAGGAACACACACGGGGUCAUUAUUGUCUACGAUGUAACGAAUCCUGAGUCGUUUGUCAACGUCAAGCGGUGGCUGAACGAGAUUUCUCAGAACUGCGAUAAUGUGUGUAAGAUAUUAGUUGGGAAUAAGAACGAUGAUCCGUCUAAGAAGCAGGUGGACUCUCAGGAUGCUCAGAGGUUUGGAGAAACUGUAGGAGUUCGAGUGUUUGAGACCAGCGCUAAAGAAAACAUCAAUGUGGAAGAGAUGUUUAUGGCGUUUACCCACAUGGUCCUGCGGGCGAAGAAACAGAGUCAGAGUCGAGCAGAGAGAGAGAGGGAAAGAGAGAAGGACACGGUUCAUAUCAACGCUCAACGUGACCGUGACAGGAGGAAAAGAGGAAAGAAAUGCUGCUGAGAACCGAGAGAAAUGAACGCUGAGGAACUGCACCUGCGGUCCUCGGUACAUUUCACAUUAUGAUUCUGCAUGACUUUGCACUGAUGAGAGGAACUGGAACUGGAAGCCACUAUAUAGUAUCUCAAUGGGUUUUGUUUUGUUGUUUGUUUUUUUCAAACAUCUCAGUAUCAUUUUCAUGACUAAAAAGUGAUCUACAGUCAGAGGUAUUAAUCUGUUAUUAUGAAUUUAAUCAAUGAACUAUUAACAGAGCUGAUGUGAUUUGUCCAUUUUCUGUCCAAUUAAAAAACAAAUGAAAUAUUAAUGAGCCACGUCAUGCAUCCAAUUUAAUCAUUAGCAAUAAAACACUCUUAAUAUUCACUAGA